CGGCGGGCGAAGUCAAGCGGCGUCCCCUCCGCCCGCUCUCGCGAGAUCGGGGAAGGUUUCCGGUGUUGUGUCUGCGGGACCGUAAACAUGGCGGUGAGUCUCCGCGCCCGCUCGCUGAGGCACCUCCGCAUCCGAGGCCGGAACGACAGCGGCGAGGAGAACGUCCCCCUCGAUCUCACCCGAGACCCCUCUGAUAACUUGAGAGAGAUUCUUCAAAAUGUGGCCAAAUUACAAGGGGUUUCAAAUAUGAGAAAACUUGGCCAUUUGAAUAAUUUUACUAAGCUUCUUUGUAAUGCUGGUCAUACUGAAGAAAAAUUAGGUUUUACUUAUGAAGAUAUUAUCAUAUGUUUGCGGUUAGCUUUACUAAAUGAAGCUAAAGAGGUGCGAGCAGCAGGACUCCGAGCUCUUCGAUACCUUAUCAGAGACUCCAGUAUUUUACAGAAGGUAUUAAAACUGAAAGUGGAUUACUUGAUAGCCAGAUGCAUAGAUAUACAGCAGAGUAAUGAAGUAGAACGAACACAAGCACUUCGUUUAGUCAGAAAGAUGAUCACUGUGAAUGCUUCAUUAUUUCCCAGUUCAGUUACCAAUUCUUUGAUAGCUGUUGGAAAUGAUGGCCUUCAGGAGAGGGACAGGAUGGUUCGAGCAUGUAUUGCUAUUAUCUGUGAAUUAGCAAUUCAGAAUCCGGAAAUAGUUGCUUUCCGUGGUGGUCUAAGUACCAUUUUGAAAAAUGUAAUAGAUUGCCAGUUAAGCCGUAUAAAUGAAGCUCUCAUAACGACUGUCUUGCAUCUUCUUAAUCAUCCAAAUACCCGACAGUAUGUGCGAGCUGAUGUAGAAUUAGAGCGGAUUUUAGCUCCGUACACAGACUUUCACUACAGGCACAAUCCAGACACUGCAGAAGGACAGCUCAAAGAGGACAGAGAAGCACGGCUUUCUGCUAGUAAAAUGGGAAUUGUGGCGGCAUUUCGAUCUUGGGCAGGUAUAAUCAGUUUAUGUAAGCCUGGGAAUUCUGGGAUCCAGUCUCUUAUUGGGGUGUUAUGUAUACCUAACAUGGAAGUGCGGCGAGGCUUGCUUGAAGUUCUGUAUGAUAUAUUUCGCCUUCCUCUUCCUGUUGUGACAGAAGAAUUUAUAGAAGCACUUCUCAGCGUGGAUCCAAGCCAUUUUCAGGACAGCUGGAGACUUUCUGAUGGCUUUGUAGCUGCAGAAGCUAAAGUUAUAUUACCUCACCGAGCCAGAUCCAGGCCUGACCUCAUGGACAAUUAUUUGGCCCUGGUUCUCUCUGCUUUCAUUAGAAAUGGACUCUUAGAAGGUCUAGUCGAAGUAAUCACAAGCAGCGAUGAUCAUGUAUCUGUCAGAGCAACCAUAUUACUGGGAGAACUUUUGCAUAUGGCAAACACCAUUCUUCCACACUGUCACAGCCAUCAUUUACACUGCUUACCAACUUUAAUGAAUAUGGCAGCUUCUUUUGACAUUGUAAAAGAGAAGAGACUACGAGCCAGUGCUGCACUGAACUGCUUGAAACGCUUUCACGAAAUGAAGAAAAGAGGGCCUAAACCUUACAGUCUUCAUCUAGAUCACAUUGUCCAGAAAGCCAUGUCAACACAUCAGCGAAGAGAUCAGUAUCGCGUACAGAAAGAUAUCUUUAUUCUAAAGGAUACAGAAGAAGCACUAUUAAUGAAUCUGAGAGACAGCCAAGUUCUUCAUCACAAAGAAAAUCUGGAAUGGAAUUGGAAUCUGAUAGGGACCAUACUUAAGUGGCCAAAUAUUAACUUAAAGGCCAACAAGGAUGAACAGUUGCACAGAUUUGUACGACGGCUGAUGUAUUUUUACAAGCCUAGCAGUAAAUUGUAUGCCAAUCUAGAUCUGGAUUAUGCAAAGUCAAAACAGCUCACAGUUGUUGGUUGCCAAUUUACUGAAUUUCUCCUUGAAUCUGAAGAGGAAGGAAGACAGGAAGGAAAGAAGGAAGGAAGGCAGGUGCAACAAAAGCAGGAUGGGCAUGGCUACCUUGAAGAGUUAGUAAGAGAUAUUGUACACUGGCUUAACAUUUCUUAUGGAAUGAAACCAGAACGCAGUCUUCAGAAUAACGGGUUACUUAACACUCUUAGUCAGCACUACUUCUUAUUUUUUGGUACCCUCUCCUGCCAUCCCCAUGGAGUGAAAAUGCUUGAAAAGUGUAAUGUAUUUCAGUGCCUCCUUAAUCUGUGUUCCUUGAAGAAUCAAGAUCACUUACUUAAACUGACAGUUUCUAGUUUAGACUACAGCAGAGAUGGUUUAGCAAGAGUUAUCCUUUCUAAAAUCCUAACGGCAUCAACCGAUAACUGUAGGUUAUAUGCUACAAAACACCUCCGAGUACUGCUGAGGGCCAAUGUGGAGUUCUUCAGUAAUUGGGGAAUUGAGUUACUUGUCACACAGCUUCAUGACAAAAAUAAAGCCAUUUCUUCUGAAGCACUUGAUAUCCUUGAUGAGGCAUGUGAAGACAAGGCAAAUCUUCAUGCCCUCAUUCAGAUGAAACCAGCAGUUUCUCAUCUAGGAGACAAGGGUUUGCUUCUGCUGCUAAGAUUUUUGUCAAUCCCAAAAGGGUUUUCCUAUCUAAAUGAGCGAGGCUAUGUAACAAAAGAAAUGGAGAAAUGGCAGAAGGAGUACAAUUUAAAAUACGUUGAGUUGAUAGAAGAGCAGUUAAAUGAAGCACUUACUACGUACCGCAAACCUGUUGAUGGUGAUAAUUAUGUUCGUCGGAGCAACCAAAGAUUGCAGCGGCCACAUGUCUACCUGCCAGUUCACCUCUAUGGUCAACUGGUACACCACAAAACAGGCUGUCAUUUGUUGGAAGCUCAGAGUAUUGUUCCUGACCUGAGUUACACUGUCCGUUCCCCUAUGCUCGAAAAAUGGGAGGGGAUUAAGCAACUAAAAGCUGCUCUUUGGGCACUGGGAAAUAUUGGAUCUUCAAAUUGGGGGUUGAAUUUGCUUCAAGAGGAAAAUGUGAUACCCGAUAUAAUGGCACUUGCCCAUCAUUGUGAAGUCCUAUCUAUUAGAGGGACAUGUGUCUAUGUGCUUGGCCUAAUAGCCAAAACCAAGCAAGGCUGUGAUAUUCUGAAGCAUCACAAUUGGGAUGCAGUAAGACACAGUCGUAGGCAGCCUUGGCCAGUAGUCCCCGACGAUGUGGAGCAGCUCUGCAACGAACUCUCUUCUAUUCCCAGCACACUUAGUUUGAACUCUGAAUCUACCAGUUCAAGACACAACAGUGAAAGUGAAUCUGCACCAUCAAGCAUGUUCAUCAUGGAAGAUGACCGGAUUGGCAGCACCUCUACUAGCACAUUUUUCCUAAAUAUCUCAGAAGAUGCGGAACAGAAUCUCUAUGACCGUACUGGGCCCUUGAAGGAUAAGGAUCGCAAUCCCUUCCCCUUUUUCUCCUCCCGCAGGCUUGUCAAGAAUCGCAUCUUGAAUUCGCUUACCCUACCCAAUAAAAAGCAGAGGAGCAGCAGUGACCCUAAAGGAGGCAAGCUGUCUUCCUUAGAGAACAAGAUGGGCUUAAGGCGAAAUCGGACAGUAACAGAACCUUGCAGCAGCAUGGAUUUUACACGGGGGGAUGAUUUUACCACGGUGUUCAAGGUUCCUAAAAUUCACACUCUGAAACUAGAAACUUCAUUUGUUGGGAGCAAGCACAGUGAAGAUGCAGAUAGUACCCCAAGUAUUGGCGAAAAUGACCUUAAGCUUCCCAAAAGUCUUGGCCAUGAAAAUCAUAGGGAAAACACCAGCCGAGAGAGACUGAUAGAGGUUUCAACACAGACUCAUUUCAAAAGCCGUAGCUUGAGUUUCAAUACAGAUACGACUACCAGUGGAAUAAGUUCAAUGAGCUCAAGCCCUUCCCGAGAGACUAUGGGAGUGGACUCUACCAAUAUAGACACUGACUGUGGGAGCUUAAGCACUGUGGUGAGUACCAAGACCAUUAAGACCAUUCAGUGUUCAACCCCACAGUCUAACCACCUCCCUCUGUCAAAAUCAAAUUCUGUCUCCCUGGUACCACCAGGGUCUUCGCACACUCUUCCUCGGAGAGCACAGUCACUCAAAGCUCCUUCCCUCGCUACUAUAAAAAGCCUGGCUGACUAUAACUUUAGUUAUACCAGUUCCCGAGAUGCUUUUGGAUAUGCGACACUGAAACGCUUACAGCAGCAGAGGAUGCAUCCCUCUCUGUCACAUUCUGAAGCCCUCGCAUCCCCAGCGAAGGAUGUGCUCUUCACAGACACAAUCACAAUGAAGUCUGGUAGCCUAGACUCCCGACUGACACCCAACCGGUUCAUGAGAGCUUUAAGCUAUGCAUCAUCUCUAGAUAAAGAAGAUUUAUUAAGUCCUAUAAACCAAAAUACAUUGCAACGUUCUUCUUCUGUUCGUUCCAUGGUGUCUAAUGCUACUUACGGUAGCUCAGAUGAUUACAUUGGACUUGCUCUCCCGGUUGAUAUCAAUGAAAUAUUUCAGGUAAAGGAAACCCCCUAUUUCCAGAAGAAAACUAUGCCUUCAUUUGAUGAUCGGGGCACUCGAGUCUUUGCCCAGGAUGCUGCAGGUUUGCCAUGUGGUUCUGAUGAGCUUGUAAAGAGUCCCUUCCAGAUGCUUCGUCAGCAGAUAAGUCUUACGGAGAUUAUGAACACAAGUCGUUCAGAUGCCUCCCAGUUCCUAGAAAACAUGGAAGACACCGGACUCCAAGAGCACACUGAAGAUAAUUGUCUCUAUUGUGUUUGUACACACAUCCUGGAUUAUCAGCAUAAUAACAAACUGAACUCUGCAUAUAGUCACACAGAAUUUUCAGACAUUCCUUAUUCAGACUGGUGUGGAAAGGCUAUGCAUAAUCAUUUGGAUGUGGUUUCACAUUCCUCGAAGUUUUCUGGAAUUUCAGGAUGUAGUGAUGCUGUAUCCCAUGGAUCAGCUAGUAGUAUCAAGAGUACUGAUCUCAUCAUAGGCAUGAAAUCAAUCCCAGAUGAUACUCCAGUAUGCCGCAUACUGCUGAGAAAGGAAGUCUUGCGAUUAGUAAUCAACUUGAGUAGUUCGGUAGGAACUAAAGGUCAUGAAACAGGUCUCUUGACAAUUAAAGAGAAGUUUCCCCAAGCAUUUGAUGAUAUAUGCCUUUACUCUGAAGUGUCCUACUUGCUAGCUCACUGCACUUUUCGAUUACCAUCUAGACGGUUCAUUCAGGAACUCUUUCAAGAUGUACAGUUUUUACAGAUGCAUGAAGAAGCAGAAGCUAUUUUAGCCUCACUGGCAAAUCAACAAACAGAUAAUCCAUCAACUGAAUCCUGACCUCUUGUUUUCCAUGGUGUGGUAAAUGUGAAGUUACUAGUAGCAUUCAGUAACAUCUAAUUGACUGGGCAACAGAGAAGUAUCAUCUUCUGAAUUGUUCCAGGAGUUCUGGUACAUGAAAUUGGAUGCUCAGUUGCAGAAUCUUUCUUCAAUGGAACUUGCUUCCAAAGCCAUCUGAGCCCUGAGGGGAAUUGUUAAAACAAUGAAAGUAACAAGAUAUGCAAGAAGAAUGAAGCACCAGACACUUAUGCAGGUUUUCAUUUCACUUAUUUUUAAAUGCAAUGUCACAAAAAUAGAGGACAAAGUACGUGGGACCUGGUUUACAUGGUUGACUUUUGACUUCCGUUUUGGACAGAGUUGAUGCCUUGUGUGUUUACCCUGGAUUUUAGAGACAUGGUAUCUUAAGCUGUAUCCCAUUGUCAUCAACGGAGCAUGCUGUAACCGUGACAUCAGGGGAUUAAUUAGGGGCUUUCCGUGAUAUAUUUCUUAAUUUUUGUGAACACUACUUGGACAAUUUCUGCCCUCAGAGAAUCUUCAGUAACUUGGAGGAUAACCUUAAAUUAUUUUAUUGUUAUAAUAUUAGCAGUCUGUCCAGUUUUGUUGCAGUUUCAUGUAAUUAUGUGUAAACUGAACCAGUUAAGGAACUUCACUACAGUUUGCAUUAAAAAAAAAACCACACACCAAUCCCUUGGAAUCAGAUUUCCCUACAUGUAAUGCAUGCAUUUUAAUGGGGUGUUCUACAUUAAUGCUCAUCCAGUAUGUUAAUUGAUUGUCUAAAUGUAAAUCUUCAAAAACAAUGAUUUUUUUGUCAGGCAAAUCAAGUAAAAUUAAUACCUAUUGCUGCUUUUAAUCAAGAAAAAUGCAAAAUAAUAAUUCCACAUUCCAUGGCUUUAAAUCCUAAUAAUUUGCUUCAAUCAUACACAUAAAAGAUUAAUGGCAAGUUAAUACCAAUAAUUGUAGUGAAAAGCCUUAAACGUGCAGCGUUGAAGUGCUACGUUGCUAUAAUUCAGAGGUCUUUUGGAUAAAAUUUGCACAGAUUACAUAAUGGUGACAAUAUGUAGCUCCAGUCUGAAAUUUAUGCAAGUGUGGAGUUGAAACAAACUGAAUUUAUUUCCAAACUGAAAAGGCUCUUUUAGAAUCAAAUAACUGAUACCUGGAAACCUGUACGUACAAAUGUAUAAUUGUUUUGUUUACAAAACCUAUAGUGCACUGGGUUACUUGGUCAUUUCUCGUGUAUAAAAAUAGUUCAGGUGGAUUGUAUUGGGAAUAUGUCCACCAAAAUUUAUCUCCCCUUAAAAGUAUGCAAAGAUUUGCUUGUCAAGAUGAAAUUAGCUCAGUUUUACAUAUAUUUUUAACUGAGCAUAAUUAGCAUGCUAACAUAUAUAUAUUUUGUGGUAGGAAUUUGUUCUUAGAGGCAUAUAAUAUUAUGUACAUUUACACUUGUUAUGGAAGCUAGCAAUGUCUAGUUCAGUAUACUGUCAUAUCAAAAGAUGGUGUUGCUCCCCAGCUCUGGAAGAAAGUAGAUGCCACCAUAACAGUCAUAGCAUUGUCUAAGAAAGAUGAAGAGUUUAUUUGUGAAUUGAAUCUUCAGCACUAGUAAUCCUAAGUAAAACCUUACACAGUUGAAAUAACAAAGGAUUGAUAGUUCCUUACACAUAAAACUCAAAGCAGUUUUUUUUCCUCAACACCCUGAAAUGGCCAGGUAGGGCAUCUGAAGCUUACUGCAUUAGAUCAGAACUUUUUAAAAAUUCUGCUCCUCACAAGAAUUAGGCACCAACCCCUGCAUCCUUAGAAUAAAUCUGGAAUUCUCUUCCUGCCACUUUGGCUGGAACUGUAAUAACCUCUCUGUAUUCACUGUGAUCCACAGAUGUAAGUACUAGUGGGUGGAAUACUUUCCAGGGUGGUAUUUUUUACACUAGACAGGCAGAAAGCAGAAUGAAGGACCUAGCCUGAACAAAAGAGAAUCACUUCACCCUGAUUGGUCUAUAUCUGUAACUCCCAAAAGGAAGUUAUCUCUAAGACACCAGAGUUAAUUUGUCUUCUGGCUUCUAAUUUACCUCUCAAGAACAGGUCACUCAACAGAUAAGGACCUACAAACCAGAUACAGGCCACUCUACAUACAGAAUGUGGGACACAGUUCCUAAGACCUUUUAAGGAAAUGCAUGCCUUCUACCUCCAAGCAGAAGUUUACAUUACCUCAUUAUACUGCUUUGAACACAUUCUAAGUGGGAGAUACAUCAGAAUAAUGUUUGGGUCAAUCUAAUCCUCUCUAAAGUAUUGGGGUAUGUUACUAUGGUACAUAGACAAUGCAGUAUGGAUAACCUAGAGAAUUGCCAUAAGGAGUUUUACCAUUCCAGCCCAGGGCUGAAGAAUCUUAAGGCAAGAUCAUAAUGUUUUGCUGUUACGUUUCUAGAUAUGAAAUUUGAGUAUCUGUUGAGAAUGUUCUUACUUAUCUCUAGUUUAGUGACCAUUUAGAAGCUAAACAACUGAGGAAAGGAGGAAUUGGAGAAAUUUCAAAUAUUUCAUUCUCAGGUAGGGAUAUCUUUUUAAAUACAGUAUUUAAGUUGGUGAGGGUUUUUUUUUCCUAAUUUGUUUUUUCAGGUUUUCAAUUUAGAGACUAUAGGAGGGAAUAGGGUGCUCUCUGCUUGCUUUUCUGAACUAUGGAACGAAGUUCUAUGUUGGGAAUAACAGCAGAUAUAACCCAGAGAGAAGUGUGCGCCAGUAAGAUUUCAGUAUCUUCUCCUCCCAUUACACUCUUUGGCAAAACCGUAUUACAAUAAUUAAUGGAUCAUCUGGAAGGCCAUGAAGUUACAGUAGUUCCCUGAUUUCUAUGAGAACCUCCUGAGGAAAAAAUGGGAGGGGGGAGAAAUGGGUCAGGAGAAAAUAAAGGAAGGGCUUCAGCUGCUUUAAUGCCUGUAUAUGGUCAUCAUACAGAGUUCACUAAUAAUUAUUCAUCGAUAUUUACAGAUGCUUUGAUCUUAGAUAAAACUCCUGUGCAGAACCAAAAUGCCAGCCACAGUAGACCAAAUGGUGGUGUAAAUUCCAAAGGAUUAAUACAAUACUUCCAGUGGAAAAAAAAAAAGCAAAUAGCUGAUUGUACAUAGUUAUGAAUGCUACCUCAGUUAUGAUAGAGUAAUAGGAUCUAUAGAUCAGUAACUCUAAAUGAAGUUAAUUCAUUUAUUCUGUGUUUUGCAUUUUUGCUUUCAAGGCAAAACUAGAUGAGAAAGUUUUCAUUAAAACAAAGAUGGUUAAGCUUUCAAGCUACAGCUGUUACUGAAGAAAUAUAAUUACAGUGGAAAAUUAAAAAGUAAAUUCUGCUGAAUGUACUGAUAUACCCACUUAGAUAAUAAUGCAUAGGUAUUCAUGUUUUGCCAUUAAAAAAAAUGAAAUUUUGGCUUCCAUUGAGAAUACUGCCCCAAAAGAGCUGACCUUAACUGUAUGGGCAACAGCAUCACAAAAAAUGGCAAAGUAAUAUUAAUUGAAUUUGGAUCUAUGUAUUAAAAUACAGAUCAACAGUGGCUGCAGUAUCUGAACUGAUGUUUCUUCCUCAUGAUGUUAUAUUUAAUUUGUUAAUCAAUUUGUUGUAACAGAACAUACCUGGAAUCUGGGUAGAAAUUCAUCUUUUUUUAAUUUUACUUACUGACUGAGUUUUACAAGGCCAGUCGCUAGCUUCUUACAUUGAUGCAUUUCUUUGUACCCUUAAAGCCAUGUACAGCUCUUGCGCUUGGCAAGGAGAACAAAAAGCCUUCUGGAGCCCCAUUAGGUUGCCAUUGGGAAAUGGGUUACUUUCAGCUUAGGUACUUCUCUGAAGCAAUUUCUCCUUAAUCACUAAACCCAAAAUUUGAAUAAAUACAAUAGAACAUGGAAGAGGUCUACACUUGCAUUACAGAUUAUAAGUAUGAUGGGAGUGGUAUCAGGGCUGCGCAUGCUUCUAAAGUGGUUUGGCAGAAGCAUUUCUGACCUCACACAAGCGUAGCAGCCACAUCUUUUUUCAAGCUUCUGCUUUAAGAGUCAAAGACACAUUAAAGCAGCAACAGCAGCUUUUUUUUUCAGGCUCUCACAGAGGUUUGAAUGAAGAACAGAGAGGUGCUGCGCUUAGACCUGCAUGGGGUCCACAGCACUUUGGAAUCAUUUUCAAAUAAUGCACGACCCUGAUAGCAUUGUCAUUUUGGUAGGCUUGGAUGGCACAAUCCAGAAAUGCUAUACAAAGAAAUUCCUACAUAAAUGCGCUCUCCCAUUAUUGAAAGGGUGAAAAAAUUUGCAAAGACAUUUAAUGCUUGCAGCUGUCUCACAAUGGACUCUAAUAGCAUGUUCUAUGUUUUGGGAACAUACUGGGAGGGAGGGAAGCCUUCCUCCAUGCACCUCCCCCAGCCAUAAACACUGGCAAUUAUUUGGACAUGGGAUAUUUAAAGAGGCCUUCUUAGAGUAUGUGUGGUGGGAAAAGGAGAGUGGAAGAGAUAACAGGUUAUGAAUGACGAAGAAUAAUCGUCAUUUUCUAUCUUCCUUAUAAUGUAUUCCUGGGGGGGGGGAGGAUGAAUAGUGUGAACAAUCAAACUCAGUUUGGUUCUUCACAUUCAGCAUCUCCAUCUCUAUUGGUAUAGGCUCCAGAGUACCUUGAUUUUAACAUACGUUUAAAAAACAAAUAACUUUUCCUUAUUUCAUAUUUCCCAAAGAGCAUAGAUUUGAAUAUUGUGUUGUCUGUUUAUGUCAAAGGACCCAAUUUCUACCAACUCUCUUCUCCCACUGCAACCUUUCAUGUAAUUCACAAGUCCUUCAAACCACAGAUUUUGGGGGAGUCACAAAGCUCCAUUUUUAUGUUCCACUCACAGAAUGAUCCCAGAUCAUACUUUAUAGCUACAGCAAACAGUCAUAUGUCCUAUAAAAAUAGGCCAAGAACCUAAAGACAUUACACUAAUAAAAGAUAGCUUUAAGUAUUCAUACUCCUUGCUCAUGGGGACAUAAAGUGCAUAUGUUGACCUUCAACAUUUGCCAAGUGAACCGUACCUGCCAGCACCCACAGGAUCAUUGGAUCUGUAUUGAUACAUUUGGGACCUUCUGCAUUUAAGUUGUUACCAGAAUAGAACUAUUAGAACUCUUUACCAAACAUGUUCUAAUAACUAAUGAAAACUAUUGUGAAUCAACAAAAAUUGCUCCUUAGAUAUGACAUAAUUGCAGUCAGCCACAUAGGUCAGUAGCCUUCCUAAACUUGGUCAUUCCCAGUAAUGGUGGACAACACCCCUCAUCCCCAAUCCUCAUGUGCAAUAGUUAGAGGCAAUGAGUUACAGUUUGUAUCAUGGAAAGAUUAUACACAGUAUAAAAAAUGAUACAGGAUAACAAAAUAAAGGUUUUGCAAAGUUAAUAUCCCAUUUGUAACAUGAACAUUAAUUUCAGAUAGCGGGGGCAUAAUCCAACCAAGCAAAGCAAUUCUAAGGUUUAGGAGUGCUUGCUUAAGUUGAAUCUUGCCUUGAAUGUGUUAAUCCUUUCUGUAUAAUCAAGGGAAAUUAAACUGUCCCUUGAUUAUUGUCUCUUGCAAUAAUCCUAAUGUGUAUGUGUGCGUGUGUGUGUGAUUUCCCCCCCCCACCCUUAUUGUACCUUGGGAGCUACAGUGCUGGCUUAGAGGUAUACUAGUGAUAAUGGGAACAUAAUCAUAUGUUUCUAACACAUAUCCCUGUUAGAAAUUAUCUAGAAAUGGUAGCCUUAUCUUGAUUUUUUGGAAUUUUAGUUAGGAUUACUGUAUCUUAAAACUCCAGAUUUGCUACAUGUUUUUGUUGACUUUUUACUUUCAGUAAAAAGUAAAGAAUGUGGUUUUCCUUAGGACUAUUUUUGUAAAAUAGCUGGAUAGCAAUGCUACAGCAUGCAGAAAUUGCACUUUUUUGCCUGACUUGCUUGUAAAAUAGACACUAUUUAAUUUGGGGAAAAAUGUAAUUUAUGCCAAAAA